AUGUUCUUAAUCGUACACACCUUUAUUUGUCCAAGUGCUGGUGUAAAACACUUGGCUACAAGUACUUGCGACUCAGCUAUAAAAGCUAAACAAAAGCUCGAUUGCGGCAUCAUAAGCACAGAAUAUCGAUCAACGAACAACGCAGGCAGCCGCUCUGGUCCAAUACUAGUAGAUAUGUCUUCAAAGUUUGCAUACUUCCUGGCGGCACUCUUAGCGAUCCUCUGCUUGGCGCAACAUUUCGAGGAUACCUCAGCUGUAAAAGUUCGACGCAUUCAACGCGUGUUGACCCGCGAUGAAAUUGCUGCUAGAAGAGAAACUCAACACAACACCAACAAUCGUUUGAGCUACACGAAGCAAGGUGGCAAUAACGAUGAUGAUGAUGACGAUAACGACAACGAUAACGAUGAUGAUGAUGAUAAUCAUCAUGAAGUAGAUGGAACCGAUGAGGCUAAUGAAGAUUCCUAUAACAAUCCACAAGUUUUGAGAGACGAUGUAGCUGAGAAUGCCGCGGUGGAGGUUGACCAAAAUAGCACUGAAGGUGCAGAGAGUGAAGAGGCGCGUGCCCGUCGUCGUCGUCGACGCCGCGGUG